AACUAUAUGUUGAACUGGAAAGAAACUUUUCCUGUUACUGUCAAUCUUGAUCCUGACGUGAACUACACAUUUGCACUGUUCAGAAGGCUGGACAAGGAUACUGAUGAAAGGCCAUUUUUAAGCAUGUUUGUACAGGGGAAAGAAGAUCCUUCACAACCACAGCCACCAUCAACUGAUGAGGAAGGGACAAUGGAGACGCAAGUUGUUGCCAUAUCUAUAGGUACAGCACUAGCAGGUGUUAUGAUAUGUCUCACAGCAGUGUUGGUGCUACUGGUGGUAGUCAGACAGUGCCACACCCACAGGAAGAAGCAAUCUGCAGCACCAGUGGCAGUGUAUGAUGAGGUAGUUCUUCCCCUGACCACCACCUCCUCCAUUCCAACUGAGCCGUCUCACACUACUACCAUCCCCACUACUGGCAAUGUGGCCUAUGAGACCACAACUCCCAUCAACACUGCUCAUAAUGUGGCUUAUGAAACUCAUAAAAUUCAGUCCACCUGAAAUAUUAGUUUCUAUUACCGUGUAUAUAGGCACCACAAAUACAGAAUAUAGAGUCUGACAAAAGGUUUCAAUAUUUCAGUGUGUCAUUAUUCAUCAAACACAAGAGACUACUUAUUCUAGAUGUCCAUAACACUACACUAAUCCGGUGAAGAAAGCAAUCCGUGCCAGUGCUUACAUGUAUAGAAGACGGAAGACAUCACAUACUAUUGGCCUGCAAAUUAAUAGGAAUAAGUGAUCAUACUAGUUUGCCUCUAUCAGUACCUCCAUGAUUCCCAAUUAUCUCCUCGGAAAGUGCAGGGUUAUUUCCUCCAGCAGGAUGACUAACUGCUUUUGCCAGAAGCUCCCAUGUUGGGUUUCCAAAUUUCACAGUGUCGUAGUUUUUAUUCAGCCACAGA